UACCAUCAUGUUCAGACAUGAUGUAUUGUAUAUUUUCUUAUUUAUUUUAUUCAAUUGGAGUAUUUGUGUUGCGAUUGUUCGCUCUAACCCCCCCGGAAAACACUACGGGGCCAAUACGAGCGCAUACAUUCGAUUUGCCAUUCAUCGUCCUCAAUCAUGUCUUACUCUAGAACCUCGCUGAUCGUCGACCGUCGAACACGAUCAUUACUGUUAUUAAUUUUUCCGUGACUUACAAGCACACCAGCACCUAAUCAGCAUCAUCAUCAUCACCAUCAUCAUGAGCAAUGGUUUGCUAUUUAAUAAUGGUGUGGUGACGCCACUAAUCAUUGUCAUUUGCUUGAAGCAAGUAUUGUAAACGGUGAAUUUGGAGGGGGAAACCCUUUUAAUCGGUUCCGCAAACCGAUCAACCGAUCGAUGAUGAUGUUAUCAAGGUUUAAGGCAUUACUCGCGCACACACCGUGUGUGUGUGUGUGUGUGUGGGUCGCAAAUUGUCUUGAAUUGACUCACUGCAGCAGUUGCGAUGCCGGCAACAGUGGCGAUGUCAAAGAAGGAAUCGAGAACGAUGAUCGGUCUGUCAUCAGCGGAAGAUCCGUUCCCCUCGCCUUCUUUAGCCCGUCCGUCUAGCAGCAGCAGCAGCAGCAGCUGGUGUUGGUGCACUUUGUUUACCCCGAAGCUAUUAUCAACUAUGGCCCGAUUCGUUAUCGCACCCCCACGGCAGAUGAGGGUAGCUAGCGAGCGUCGAGUUUGCAUUUAAUAAUCAAUUGCCAUUUCAUAUGCUGAUACUCUUCUCCCUUAACUUCUAACGAACGAACGAACGAACGAACGAACGAACAAACGGUUAUAUGGGCCGCGAACAAACGAACGAACGAAGUGUGAUCAUUAGUUUAGUUUCGGUUCCUCCAAAUACAAACCCCGUGUAUUAACUUUCUACCAUGGUCUGCGCAUUCUGUAGAACUCUAAGGAUAAAGCUUCCCUCGGUGCAGUUGUGUUGCGGUCGCUGGUUCUGUUUCGCUCUUAAGCUUAAGCAGCCGUCUCUCUACUCCAUAUUUCGCAAAAAAAAAAAACACCCAGAAAAGCGCAAACCUCAAACAAGUCUCGCCAAAAUAUGUGUGUGCAUUAAUGUGUGCUCUCGCGGCUCUCGUGGCAGCGCUUGCCAGUGGCCUGUGUGGCGGCUGGCACCAUGGUCUGGCCUGGCAAUGAAACAGCCAAUGAACAAUAUACGUAAAUUCUAUAUGACUGACAUUGAACUCAUCACGCAAGUAAGCGAGCAAACCGGAUAAGACCGGAGCAGGAGAAGGAGAAGGAGGAGUAGAAUGCGGCCGAGAUCGAUCGAUCCCGGUGCGCGGUCGGCCGAGAAGCAAGAAGCAAGGGGAAAAAGAUAAUCCGGCAAAAUGUAGCAUUAACCAAGCUUAUCUUAAAAGCUCAAGGCGGCGACCGAGUCGACCUCGUAUACUCGAACAAGGGAAGCGAGAGCGUGGACGCGACCGCCAGACGCAGGCGAGCGGAGGGAGUGCGCAAACGAUAAGAAUAAGUGCAAACGAAGCGAAGUACGAAAUGGAAAUGAGUAUUGAUUAGUGUAAAAAACAAAAAAAAACUCUUAAGAACUAUAUAGGCAGAUAGGCAAGCGAACGGAUGGACGGAUGGACGUUUGAACGCAGAAUGAAGCUGCUGUGCUCUAAAGUGCUCUGGCGAUGUUCUCCUCUCCCCUUUUUUUUAUAAGUGUUUAAUUGAAUUCCUCAUAAGUUUAGCAUAGAAAAGGCAAAAGGGAGCAUAAACCGGUGGCGGACGGAGAUGAUGAUGAUGAAGAGGGGAGAUAAAUUAAAAGCAAAUCAAGCGUGACCGUACGUGCGUGCGUGCGUGCGUGCGAAAAGCUGAUUAAAAAAUUAAACGAAUAAUACCCAUUUAAGCAAUGAAUUACAAUUGUGGUGGUAAAAUGAGUAUACGAUUUUAAAAAACAAAACCUACAAAUGAAACAGUUAAAAAGUAAAACGACAAAAAAAAACAAAACAAAACGAAACAAAAAAAUGUGGAAAGAAAGCAUGGAAGAGGAGGAGGAUCUUUAACAAAAACAAGAAAGAAGAAAGGAAGGAAGGAAAAAAAAAACACUAACUAAUUGGAGUAUUAAGCUUUAUCCCUCCUCCCUUUUUGUUUUUAGUUCUUAUGACGAUCUUUUUUUUUACCAAUUUACCUGGUUCGGUAGAGUAUUUUAACCGCAAGGGGCCUACGGGGUGUGGGGAGAUGGGGAAGGAAGUUAGAAGAAGAAAAAGAAACUACAAAUUACCGGGAAUAAAAAAAAUAAUUAUGCUCGAACCUGCAGCAAGCAGCAAGUACUGCAUAGCUUCUCUCUUGUUAAAUCAAUGCAUUUACAGAAGGAAGCAUCUAUUGUCGCAGGUGUGCGUAGUGGUGAGGUAUGCAUCGAUCGGACGUAGGAUCGUGCGAACACCUUCGCGCAUGUUUUUGAUUGUUUUUUUUUUUUUAUUUUUAUGCGAGUUGUUUUGCCCCCUUGGGGUUCGGCUUAAUAUGCCCGCAGAGUUGCCAGGCGGUUGCUGAGGAAACUGUUGCUGCAGCUGAGAAGCCGAUGGACUUGCGACUUUUACGAUGCCGUUUUAUUGACUCAUUCGGGGUCUUCGAUGAUCUUUCGUCAAGUAUUAUGUUUUAAUUCCACCACCGAUGAUAACUAGCGAGUGAUACGGGACAGGGCAGAAAGAGAGAGAGAGAGAGAGAGUGCUAAAGGUAAUGCUUAACGUUGAAAUGAUACUUUUUUCUGCAACACCUGGCCACCUGACCCACUCUACCCCACCCCGAAAUCCCUGUUGGCCAUCCUAGGAGCUAAUGAGAGAGAGAGCGAAAGAGAAGGAGAGAAGAAGAAAAGGUAGCAGUGGAAUGAGUAGGAAAAUCAAAAGGAAUAAAAACCCUAAAACCGAUACGGAAACAAUACCAACAAAAAUACAUACGUAUACCAAGAGCAACAACCGUUUGCGUGAUGAAUCGAAUUGUAAAUGUAUAACUAAUUAAAAGUAUUUUUCAUAGAAAGAGAGGAAGGGUAGAAAGGAAAGAGAGAGCGAGAGAGAGAGCGAGAGUGUAGUACGCACAAAAACGCCUGAAAGCAUACGGGAAAAAAUUAAAGGGCGUCCGUGCGAAGAAGUUAUUAGGCUUUGUUAAGGACCUCUAGUGUAGUGUGUAGAGAGCCUCCAACCCCUCCGAGCGAUGCGAUGAUGAUCACUCUUUGGUCUCUCAAGUUUUUCCAUACCUCAAUCUUCCUUAGGUAUUGGCAAAAUAAUACGCAAAAGGAGUGCGCGCCAAGAGCAUCGAGUGCACGGCAAAAGGGAGGUGUUCUCCUGUGCUCUCUGUUCUCUCUCUGCCCCGCCGUUUGAUGGUCGGUCGGUUCCAUCAAACGAGGGACUCAAACACACACAAACACACAAUGUAUACGAAUCAACCAAUCAAACCAAUUAUGAUGAUCAUGAUAAAAUGAAAUGAAAUGAAACGAAAAAAAAAAGAAACAUGAUAUGAAAAGCUUCCCAAUCGGUACUAACCAACACACACUCAUACAAACAAACACUCCCCAUUUCCCAAAAAAAACCCAACCAACCAUUCGCUUUUGCUCUGGGUCUCGGGGAGAGUUGUUUGAUUAUCUGCGCCGGAAAAAUCCCGUCCAUUCCUUGGCAUCCUUGGAUCAGGGGACGAGGGGUUUUCCAGCUGUCCUUUCCUUUUUUUUAAUUUAGUUUUGGCAUUUUCGUUCGGUGGUCAGCAGCCUGUUCCUCAAAGCCUCCCGGUAAGCGGUGAACGGUGAGAUUGGGCGCACAAGAGGGGCUCCCACAUCAUUUAUGGUGAUGUGCCCCACCCCCACUUUUAGGCCCACAUUUUCUUCGGUAAGAAAGGAGAAGGAGGAGAAGGGCGCUGGCCCCGUUCUUGUAAGUAUGUAACAUAACUCGAAUCAUGCAAUGGAUUAAACCACACGCUACGGAUGCAUUUUAUGCCAGUAGUUUUAGUAGCAGCGAGAGGAGUAGCAGAGUUUGGUAGAAGGUAGGAGAAAAGGGGGGGGGGGAAUUGUGGGAUGGGAAUUAAAAACAAAAUAUACGUACAUAGCUGUAAUGAAGGCAGGAGCUCUACUAAGCUUAAGGGAGAAACUGAAGAAGAAGAAACCAGUAAGGGAGCGGAGAAAUAACACAAGAGAGAGAAAGAGAGAGAUAGAGAUAGGUGGAAAGGAGGGAGGAAGGGAGGCAGUCAUAAGGAGUGCGAUAACCUCUCAUUCUAGAAAUGAAAACUCUUCACCUGAGCCAAGAAAUCAUCCAAGAACCCUUCUCUACGCAACAGCAUCCCCAGAUCCCAAGGAGAAAAACAAAACACCUUAGUAUCCGCGAAAAGAAACUCUCCCCAAGCAGUGGCAGGACACAGAAAAAGGAAUCUCGAUUGUUGUAUGUGCAACAUGUUCCGCAACAAAUCAAAACCAUGAUGGUGGUGCUCCCGAUGACACACUUAACAUGUUGCAGCAUUUGUUUCUCGGUCGAUUAUUUAAUGAACAAGGACACAAGGACCUGCUUAACCCGGUUGCCGGAGGAGAGAAUUAAACAAGAUGCAUUUCGAUGCGUGCAAUUGCAAUGGCUGUACUCUGCCCUUUUUGACUCAGUUGAGAGUGAUUGUACUUAAUUAACGCGAUAAGGCGGAGAGGAAGUUGAGAUUCUUUUACCUUCCUUUUCCUGUUUAUCAAAACCUCGUCUAACUUAAGCAAACACGCCACUUCACGCGCCAACCGGAAUACGUAAUCGGAAGGAAGGAAGAAGAGCUCCAGGGUAUUUGGGGGAGUACAACACGAAAAGCCACAAAAUACGUAAAUAGGUGCGAACGAGGGAGGAAUAGUAGGAAUACACUAAAUUAUGUGGAACGAGUGGGGGGCAUCUUUUAGCAAAUGUUAUGUUUUUCUUUUUUAUUGCGAUUACACUAUUAUUAAACAAAAUUAACGAUUGUUUCUUUUAACUCCGUGCGAGGAUAUAGGGACAGGAAAGAUGAAACUGCGAAGAAAAGAAAAGAAAAAACAAUGCCAGUAUCUUAGUGGUAGUUAAACAGUUUGAGUAAACCGGUCGAAGAAGAAGUGAAGGAGAGAAAGAAUGCAAAACGUAUACGCACUGGGCAUGCCCCAAAAACAUGAGGCAUGCCCUACAUGAAACCGGGAAACCGAACGGAACAUAGGAAAAUGAUCGAAACUGUGAAAAACCCCGAACUCUGAGCAAAAGAAAAACGGAAAAGCGACUAAAUGUAUACCACGUACGAACGCCAUAAUCUGUAACUGACUGUUGCGCUUCCACCGAGUAAGGGAAUUUGUCAAAUACGAACACAAACAAACGAGGUAAUAGGAAACAGCAUCGGUUAUUGACAAAAGUAACCGAAACCAGCGGACAGAAUAUGCCUGCCACUUCCUUCGUUCCCUCACCUUUCCUUCACUCCUAUUACAUUAACGCGCGGAAUGGCGGAUGCAAACAGCUCGCUAACCACUCUAACGCCAUCUUAAGUAGUUCAAUUGAGGCGUCAACGGUGUGAGUGGUUAGUAGCUUUUGCUUCGCUUCAGACACUUCCAGUAUUUCCUUUUCCCCUGAGAUUUCUUGCUGUGCAACAUUACACUACAUUCCCGUACUUCACACACAAACACACACUGUAUAUGGCUCAUGGCGCGGGAAGAAGGAAGAGUUUUCAUGUUGGCCUGCCUGUCCCAAGGUUGGCUCCCUUCCUCCCUCCCUUCCGCCCUCCCUGGCCUCUCACUCCGGAAUCUCCUGUAGCGUAACCAUUUUUUCCAUCAUAUACCUCCUACGUAUUAGGGUAUUCUUAAAGGCAAAAGAUACAAGAAGCAAACGAAAAAAAAAACACUGAACAAAAUGAAGCAAAACAAGCGAAAAAAAAAACAAAUACAAAACGAAACAAAACUAAACUAAACUAAACAACAAAAAAAAAAACAACAAACAAACCAACAUACGAAGUCGCUAGCAUGAAUAUUAAAAACAAAACAAGAAGAAGAAAAAAAACAAGCGCAGAAGUGAAGAGAAAACGGAAGAAAAAGCAGCAAAAGAAAACACGACAGCAACAACAACAAAAAACAUCAGGCGAUCAACCGAUUUCCAUGUGCUUCCUUGUUUUUUAGUUGUUUACCUUUUCGCGAAAAUGCGUGCGAGAAAAGUCGCUAGAAAACGUACCAACCAACCAACCAACCAACCAACGACGAACCCCUUCCGCUUGUAUAUGUUUGCCAAACCGAAUUCCUUAAUUCGUUUCGCACUAGAGCUAGAACUAGGAUGCAAUAGAGAGGGCGAAGGAUUCGAUUAUUGAUGGUUUAACUGCUAUCUAUUUUUAUUAAAACAAAACGCUCUUUGUUCGUUUACCUGUUUCCGUUUUUGCGUAAAGUGCGUAAAGUUGCUUGGUUUUUUUUUUUUGGUAAGAGAAAACUCCCAUUUUCAUUAACUUAUGUGAUCGAUCCCCUGCUUAUACGUAGUGCGCGAGCGGUGCGCACACAAACUUAUUUGUCGAUCGAUCGCGACGAUCGGCGAAUCGAGGGCACACAACACGGAGGGAGGAAGGGGGUGGCAGUAGUACACACCACCCUUCCCUUCCCUUUCUCGGUAGGACUCUCUUCGCCGCGCGCGCCGCCCUAUGUACGACUCAUGAUAUUAUGUAUUUUUGUCUAUGGAAAAACACACACACACACAAACAUACGCAGAAGCGAAAACACACUGAAAUGGAAAAACAAAACAAAAUGAAGCAAAACAUUAUAAACUAAUAUUUAAACUAUUUUUUGACAAAAUAAAUGUUUUGUUGUUGAAAAUAAAAAAAAAUGUCAUACCAAA